AUGGCUGCCUCGAGCUUAGAAGAACAAGAGGCGCCUACAGAGUUUGAAUUAUCGUCGUCAUUUGGCAGUUCAUCCGGACUCAAAAUCGCUAUAGAACGUUGUCCAGUGUGUGAAUACAGCAAAAGACCAUUUUAUUGUAAAAUAUGCGUGAACCAGGGCCUGUUUGUGCACUCCAAAGGCACAUACCCAGAAAGGUUUACAGAUAAAAGUCACAAGUUAGAAAUCCUUACAAAGGAGAGAGACUCGGUGCUACAGCAAGUGAAACAAUCAGUAUACAAGAAGCACGUCAUUGAUCAAAAGAAACAAGAAAUCCAGGAAUGUAAAAGAAAGAUCACAUUGCUCAAACUAACACUGUCUGCUUCUAAGGAGAUGAAAUCAGCAGAAAGGCAAGCAUUAGAUGUGAUCAGCAGAGAAAACCAUGCAAGGCGUGUAAAGGGUCGCAAUCACCAGGAGAAAAAGCAGAGAAUAAAGGAUUAUAUCAAGCUUAUAAGGACAUCCAAUGGAGUGAAAUUUAAUACUCUAGGAGAUGUCCUGGAGAACCUUUCAAAGGAGAGGAAGAAACAUGUAGCUGACCUGACACAUUAUAUAUUUCCAGUACUGGAAGUCAGACGUGACAGUAUGGUUGAGGAAAGUGCAAACUCUGCCAGUACAGAAAAGGCUCUACGGGAUGCUACCCAUACGACAUACAUCCGCGGCCAAUGGGUGUACACAGAUGGUAACAAUGGUGAUUUCAGGAUUGUAGAACCAACACUUCCCUCUACAGGCGACUACUCACCCUACAAUAUAUGGGUGGCCACAAGCCGUGAGAACAAUGGUGAUCCUGACAACAGCCUACGUAACCCUGGUCACAGGAUCAGUGCAGCGCUGUGCUAUGCCAGUCAGUUGGUGUCCAUUCUCUCAUCUCUGUUAGACGUACCUUUAGUUCAUCGACAGAAUUACAGUAUAUUUUGUGGUGCCGAGGUGACAGAGAAGAACUUUCGGAACUCUGUUGCUUGCCUCAACCAAAAUGUGCUAUACCUCUGCUUCUCUCAAGGACUGGCAGACUGCCCUCUCAUCGAUCCAAGGAAUACAUUAGGAAACAUCUGCCUCCUUGUCCGGCAUACAAGUCUGGGAAGAGUGCAGUCCUUUAUUGUGAAUCAAGAACUGCUCCAGUCUGUAGGGGAGAUAACUGUGUCAACAGAUGAAGAGCGAGAAGAAGAUGAAUGUCAGGCAGAGCUCUUCACACGUGAAGGUGAGAUUGGACUGCCACCAGACUGGGAGGAAGUACCACAUAAUAUUGAUGAGAGUGAAAUAGGAAAUCGUACAGUGUUCAGUUCAACCCUGCAAUCUACAUCAUACUGCCCUCCGACCUCUGACCCAGCUCAUCUCACUGCCAGUGCAUUUGUCACCUCAGCUGCAGCCUCCCUUGUAUCCUUCUUCAGAGGGCCUACACCUUCUGACAAAAGAUGACAUCAGUCAUUUUGUAGUUUUCUUCUAGUAUCUAUAAUAUUGAAGCCAUUUUUUAAUAGCACUGCUAUUCUACAGACAUGUUUUCUUUAUGCUGUAAGGCUUUUAAGAUAAUUUUUAUAUCGUUUAUCAAUUUGAAGCACAUUCUAUAUUUAAUACAACAGCACUGUAAAAAAAUAAUUUUAAAAAAUUUUGAAAAGCUUAUCUUUGUAAGCAAAUUAGGUAUUUUCAUAUAUAGAUUUAUUGUAAAUUCUUGAAUAUUUCGUACUAGGUUUUUCUUAAACAGAAUUUUGCUUGUAUGGCAUUUUCUGCUUAUGAAUUGAAAUGUAUUCUAAAUCAUUACAUUUAAGUUCUGUAAUUGUUUUUGCUAAUAAAAAGAAUAUUGCCCAUUAAAAUUAAGUUGUGGGUCCAUCAGAAAAAAAAUUUGCAAAUGCAGGUUUUCUUUAGAAAAAAAUGAAUUCAUUGUUGAAUUUAUAUUUUGUAUGCAUGAAAUGUUAUAAACAGAUGCCUAUGCUUUGCACAAUUAUCAUCAAAUCAGAAACUAAACUGAUGUCAAAUAUGCCAAUGCUACAUUCUGCAUUAUGACAGAUCUAGAUGUGUGAACGGACCAAACUCUUCAUAGUUUAUAAGUACUGAUACUUGAUUAGCAUGACCUUGAAUAAAUAAGCCAGUAUGUGAUAGAAUGGUUGAUAUAUUUUAAUGCUAUUAUUGUGAGUCCAAAUUAUGGAGUGUAGCUACCUCUAACUUCAUAAGAAAUAUCCUGUGUAUCAAUACUGCCAUAAUUUGAGACGUACUAUUUUUGCUGAAGGAAAUAAAUAGCCAUUUUUUGUUUAUUCUUCACAAGAAUUUUCCUAUUCAGUUUUUGAAAAUAGGAAUGUGUGCAACACUACCUGUAAUAUAUUUAUGGGACAUCGAUCAUAAAAACAAAUCCAUGUUCACUUAUGAAUUAUUAUAAUUUACAAAUUCAUAUUUUAUUUUAUCUUCUAUCUUAUUGUUCUCAAAGGAUGAUGUUUUUUAUUUGAUUCCACGUGCCAAAUAUCAAGUUCAAAAAGUGUAUAUUUGUUUCAUUAGUGUUUAUAUCAAAGUUAUAAAAUGUAAUAUCUACACUGUAAUGUAAUAUGUUGAGGUAAUCAUCUGGCUAAGUGUUAAUUAUUGACCGAGCAAUGAUUUCAGUCUCAAAAAAUCAAUCAACUGCCCAUGUGCUGAAAUGAGGCUAAAAAGCGAUCAUUAUAUGUUGGAAAUGGCUGACAAAUAUUCUUAUGUCCAAAAUCGAGAAAUAAAUUUAAUUUUAAAACAAAAUGGUUAACACAGGUUUAUUACCAAUGUGCAUGUAUAUGACUAAAUCCAGGACUGACAAAGUCCCUAGUACCAAAAUGGCUUUAAGCAUGGAUACUGCCAUCUGAAUUUGUCCUAAACCCUUUUGAUAUUUUUUUAAAUACACAACAGUAAAGAUAAACAGAACUUGUAAAUGUUUGGUUUUUAACAUUUUCCCUACAGUUAAAUUUUACACUGUGAAAAAAAAAUCAAAUUGAAUUUGUCUUUUUCUAAAAUAAUUGCUUUGGUAUAAAUUAUGCUGCUAUGUUUGUCAAGACUCGAGAGUAUUACUCAAGUGAAUUUUUAUUGUAAUAUUGUCCUUCCUGAAGGUUAAUGAGGUAAAAUACUUAAUGAAACAUUUACACCAUGCUGUAUAUCGAUGUUGUAUAUUAGAUACUGUUAAUGCACGUUAUUGAUGUGACAAUGGAUAUGGAAACCGAAAUGUUGACUUCUUAGUUUUCAUAUCAAAUUAAGUUUGUCAGAAGUUUGAUCAUUUCAUUAAAAUUUGAUAAAUAUUUAAAAACAAAAAAAUGAACACAUUAGGUAAUGUCCAAACUUGUGCCUUUGUUUAAAUGGUUCAUAUGAUUUACAAUUUUUGAAAUACUUUAUUAAUUUUUUACCAAAGCAAUAUACCUACACCAGAACAACACUUGUAUACAAAUCCUAUGAUUGUUAUAGUAAAGAAAAUCGUAUCCGGAAUUUGAUCAGUUUGUUGACUCUUGUAUUAGUGACUACAUGUCACAUGACUCUUUUGAUCUCUGUCCCUCCAAGGGUUAUCUUUUUUACAUUGUAAGUUACAAAUGUACCACAAUCGCUUUAUGAUAGGGUUUUUUGGUUUGAGUGUGGUAUCAAAACAAAUUGUGAAGAUCCCCGUGUUAUGUAGUUCUGCCAUACAUGUAAAGAUGCAUCAAAUACGAGUUAGGAUUCAGGUGCCAUCCAACCAGAUGAGUUAGUUUCACCUAGACUACAUAUACUGUUGUUUUUUUCAUUCACUUUAAAUUGUAUAACGAUCUCUUAACUGGUCUGUCAAAUAAAACCUAAGGCUACACAUGGCUGAAUCAUAUCUUAAACAGUAAUUUUACAACAGGUGCUAGGAGAAGCAAACUUAUAACAAUCUUAAUCAUUGGAUAGGAAAUGAUAUAAGCUCUAAGCUUGUUAAUCAUCCCAUAUGAAAUAUUUGUAUUUUGAGUAUUGAAUAAAGAAUAUUGUUUAAACUAAAACAUCCAUUAGUAAUAAUAAGGGUUUUCUGGAAAUUCUUUGAUCAAAGAAGAAUGUUCAUAUUCAAACAUAAAACUGGGCUAUUUUUGAGAUUCUAUACAGUUCAAUAACUUAUGGUUAUUACCACACACUACUGGAGGGUUAACUAGAGACUUUUCUCAUCGGCUUUCAGAAGAAAGAUAUCCAGAUCAUAUGUUGAACUGUGCCCAUACUAUCUCAGGGCGAAACACUAUGCCUACAAGUUGUUGUUGUUGUUAAUGUGUUAAACUUUGUCAUUGAAUCUAAUAAAAUUUAGCAAUAUGAGAAGAUUUG